CAAAGUAGUAGUCACUAACGCACUAAUUUGUUUUUGGGCUAAACGUCAAAUAUGACUGCUAGUGAGGCGGACAUCCGUGACCUACAGUCAAAUGUCCGUAAAGUACUUACUUCGACCAAAGACCCACUGGAAAAACUCAGAUGUCAAUGCUUGUUGCGUGGAGCGAAUGGUAUCUAUGGAUUUGGAAAACAAUUUCGUAUCAUGGAUGACGAUGGGAGCAAGUCUUUAUCUAAAGAAGAGUUCAAGAAGGGCUGCCAUGAUUUCGGCUGUAACUUAACUCCAGAGGAGGUUGAUGUGCUUUUCAGAAUGGUAGAUAAGGAUGGCAGUGGUACAAUAAUUUUCGACGAGUUUCUACGUGCUUUACGCCCACCAAUGUCAAAUUCACGAAUAGAUGUUGUCAGGAAGGCAUUCAAUAAAAUGGACAAAACCGGGGACGGGAAAAUUACGUUGGAUGAUCUACACAACGUGUAUCAAGUUAAAUAUGAUGCCAAAUACACGUCUGGGAGAGCGACUGAAGAUCAAGUUCUAAGAGAGUUUCUAAAAACAUUUGAAAACGAGAAGUCUGUGGAUGGUGUCGUUACCUGGGAAGAAUUUCUGAAUUACUACAGCGGUGUUAGUGCGUCGAUAGAUUCGGAUUCCUAUUUCGAACUUAUGAUGUGGAAGGCAUAUGGUUUAUAAACUCAUACUUUAUGUAUUCAGUCAUGAAAUAAUAUAAACGCGACCUUUUCUGUUGGGAAUACUUAUUCACUCCAGAUAUUGUUAUUGUUAUCUAACAGGAUUACUGCACCGAACGUGAUAUUUUCGAAUUAUUUUAUUCCUAGAUAUUACUAUUAUCAUUGCACUAUUUGUUGUCGUAGAAAGCAUAUUCCACUGAAUCAUCAUGUUUAUUUUCGGAAACACGCUUGGAUUAGUAGUCUUCUAGUCUCUUUCAGGGGUAUAUAAAAGAUUUAUUUGUAUUUCUAUUUCAUGCUAUUUUAAAGAACCAUUCAUUCUAUUGGUAUUUGUCUUCAACUAUAUGUUAGAUAUUAGAACUGUUCUUUUUCCCUUACAUUACUGUUGUAUUCUGGUACUUAAUUUCCUGACUUUGCAGCUAUAUUGUGCUUGUUUGAUGAUUGUUUUAAUAAUAUUUUGGACUUUCAAACGUAUACUUUCUGGAUUUUAAACCUAGGACCAGUUAAAGUGUUUUUGGUGAUUGUUAUCGUGAAUGAUUCUAUAUUCCAAUACACUCCACUGGACAUCGGUGUGAACUGUAGCGUUU